AUGCUUAUUUAUGGCAUUCGGCAUAGCCAUGAUGAAGAGGGUCAUGGAGGAAGUGGCAAUGGUUUAUACAAGCCCCUGAACACGGAGACAGACAGUGAGGUAGCUGAUUCUGACAGUCUGGUAACACCCUUUGCUAAAGCUGGUUUUUUCAGCAGGAUGUCGUUUUGGUGGUUGAAUCCUCUGAUGAAGAUGGGCUAUGAUAAGCCCCUUGAGGACAAAGACAUGCCGCUUUUAGGCGCCACAGAUCGAGCACAGAACCAGUACUUGAUGUUCAUGGAGAAGCUGAACCGCGAAAAGCAGUCGCCAUCGCAGGCCACACCAUCAUUCUUCUGGACUAUUGUUUCUUGUCACAAGCGUGCCAUCUUGGUCUCAGGUUUCUGUGCUUUGCUUAAAGUUCUCACCUUGUCUACUGGCCCAGUGCUUCUCAAGGCAUUCAUCAAUGUAUCACUUGGGAAAGGGUCCUUUAAAUACGAAGGCUUUGUGCUUGCUGCGGUAAUGUUCGUCUGCAAAUUCUGUGAAUCGUUGUCACAGAGACAGUGGUAUUUCCGCACUCGGAGAUUAGGAUUGCAGGUGAGGUCAUUUCUGUCAGCAGCUAUUUAUAAGAAACAGCAGAAGCUAUCAAAUGCAGCAAAAAUGAAGCACUCUUCUGGAGAAAUUAUGAACUAUGUGACCGUCGAUGCCUACCGGAUUGGGGAAUUUCCGUACUGGUUCCAUCAAACAUGGACAACAAGUGUUCAACUUUGCAUUGCUCUGGCAAUUCUGUACAAUGCGGUCGGCGCUGCAAUGCUUUCAUCAUUAGUUGUAAUCAUCAUCACAGUACUUUGCAACGCGCCAUUGGCCAAACUGCAACACAAAUACCAGAGUAAGCUUAUGGAAGCACAAGAUGUGAGACUGAAGGCCAUGACCGAGUCAUUAGUUCAUAUGAAGGUCUUGAAACUUUAUGCAUGGGAGGCUCACUUCAAGAAGGUCAUUGAGGGGUUGAGAGAGGUUGAGUACAAGUGGUUGACAGCAUUCCAGCUUAGGAGAGCAUACAACAGUUUCCUGUUCUGGUCAUCACCUGUUCUGGUUUCGGCAGCGACCUUUCUAACAUGCUAUCUUCUGAAAAUUCCUCUUGAUGCUAGCAAUGUCUUCACCUUCGUGGCAACUCUGUGUCUCGUGCAAGACCCAAUCAGGCAAAUACCGGAUGUUAUUGGCGUCGUGAUACAAGCUAAGGUCGCGUUCACUCGGAUAUCGAAGUUCCUUGAUGCUCCUGAGCUAAACGGGCAAGCUAGAAAGAAAUAUUGUGUUGGCAUUGAUUACCCUAUAGCGAUGAAUUCGUGCAGUUUUUCAUGGGAGGAGAAUCCAUCAAAAUCAACUCUGAAGAAUAUAAAUCUGGCAGUCAAAGUUGGAGAAAAGGUUGCCAUUUGUGGAGAGGUAGGAUCAGGGAAGUCCACGCUUUUGGCUGCUGUACUCGGGGAGGUCCCCAAGACUGAAGGCACGAUCCAAGUCUGUGGGAAAAUAGCAUAUAUUUCCCAGAAUGCAUGGAUCCAAACAGGAACUGUGCAAGGCAAUAUUCUCUUUGGAUCACCGAUGGACAGGGAAAGAUACCACAACACACUGGCGAGGUGCUCGUUGGUCAAGGACCUUGAAGUGUUGCCAUAUGGAGAUUGUACUCAAAUUGGAGAGAGAGGAGUUAAUCUUAGUGGUGGUCAGAAGCAGCGCGUCCAGCUUGCUCGUGCACUAUACCAAAAUGCAGACAUCUAUCUUCUUGACGAUCCUUUCAGUGCUGUUGAUGCCCAUACAGCCACAAGUCUAUUCAAUGAAUAUGUCAUGAGUGCUCUAUCGGACAAGACUGUUCUCUUGGUGACGCACCAAGUGGAUUUUCUACCUGUAUUUGACUCCAUUUUGUUAAUGUCAGAUGGAGAGGUUAUUAGGUCUGCACCUUAUCAAGAUCUAUUGGCAGAUUGUGAAGAAUUUAAAGACCUUGUAAAUGCCCAUAAAGAUACAAUUGGUGUUUCCGAUGUUAGUAACAAUAUAACCACUCGAAGAUCUAAGGAAGUAUCAGUGAAGGAGACAGAUGGUAUUCAUACAGAAUCUGUGAAGCCAUCACCGGCAGAUCAACUGAUCCAGAAAGAGGAAAGAGAAACAGGGGAUGCAGGUGUCAAGCCUUAUAUGCUUUACCUGUGCCAGAACAAAGGCCUCCUGUAUUUCUCUCUUUGUAUUAUUUCUCACAUAAUUUUCGUAGCUGGGCAAAUAUCACAGAAUUCAUGGAUGGCUGCUAAUGUCCAAAAUCCUCAUGUUAGUAUGCUGAAGUUAAUUUCUGUGUACAUUAUUAUCGGAGUUUGCACAGUGUUCUUCUUGCUAUCAAGAUCUUUGGCAGUCGUUGUUCUUGGGAUCCAGACAUCACGAUCCUUAUUUUCCCAGCUACUCAAUUCAUUAUUCCGUGCACCAAUGUCCUUUUUUGAUUCUACUCCUCUUGGAAGGGUUCUUAGCCGGGUCUCUUCAGAUUUGAGUAUCGUUGACCUUGAUGUUCCAUUCGCCUUCGUAUUUAGCCUUGGUGCCAGCUUAAACGCAUAUAGCAAUCUAGGGGUACUGGCUGUUGUUACAUGGCAAGUUCUGUUUGUAUCUGUGCCAAUGAUAGUUUUGGCAAUUAGGCUGCAGAGGUACUACCUAGCCUCGGCCAAGGAAUUGAUGCGGAUCAAUGGUACCACCAAGUCUGCUCUAGCGAAUCACUUAGGUGAAUCGAUUGCAGGGGCUAUAACCAUAAGGGCCUUUGAGAAAGAAGAUCGUUUCUUUGCUAAAAAUUUGGACCUUGUUGACAAGAAUGCCAGCCCAUAUUUCUAUAAUUUUGCAUCAACUGAAUGGUUGAUUCAACGUCUGGAGAUAAUGAGCGCCGCAGUUCUUUCUUUUUCUGCCUUUGUCAUGGCCCUUCUUCCUCAAGGAACUUUUAGUCCUGGUUUUGUGGGAAUGGCAUUGUCCUAUGGUCUUUCCCUAAAUAUGUCAUUUGUUUUCUCUAUUCAAAACCAAUGCAACCUGGCGAAUCAAAUAAUCUCGGUGGAACGGGUGAACCAGUACAUGGACAUACAAAGUGAAGCAGCAGAAGUUGUUGAGGAAAAUCGACCAUCACCAGAUUGGCCCAAGAUGGUAAUGUGGAGCUUAGAGAUUUGA